AUGCCUGAGACCCUUCGCAGCCUCAGCGAGGAUGAUCUGCGUGAUCUCAACCGGAAGGUCGUGCGCAAGGUUGAUUUACUCGUCCUCCCGACUAUCGGCAUCCUGUACAUCCUGAACUACAUCGACCGACAGAACCUUGCGGCGGCCAAGCUCCAAGGGAUCACCGAAGAUCUGCAUAUGACCACUGAACAGUUUGCCACGGCCGUCUCCAUUCUCUUCGUGGGCUACUUGCCAUUCCAGAUCCCGAGCAACCUCCUCAUCACUAAGAUCUCCCGUCCAGGCAUGUACAUAUGCUGCGCUGUGACGGUCUGGGGCUGUAUCUCGGCGGCGACGGCUGCAGUCAAGAGCUACGGCCAGUUGCUGGCGGUGCGAGCCAUCCUGGGCAUGGCCGAAGCGGUCUUCUUUCCCGGAGCCAUCUACUACCUCUCAGCGUGGUAUACGAAAAGAGAGCUUGGAAAGCGUAUUGCGGGGUUAUAUAUCGCACAACAAGUCGGCAACGCGUUCGGAGGACUCUUAGCGGCGGCCAUCCUCCAGCUCAACGGUAUCCACCACAUCGCCGGCUGGCAGUGGCUCUUCAUCAUAGAGGGUAGUGUGACGGUAGGCGUAGGCGUCAUCUGCAGCCUUAUCAUGCCCGAGUUCCCUCACAACAGCCGCAUCCUCUCCCCGCUGGAGCGUGAUCUCGCCGUCUGGCGUAUCGAGUCCGAGGCUGGAGCCGCAGAGGGCAGUAUCGAGAACGAGCAUGAAAGCGUCCUCCGUGGGUUUACCAAUGCCCUCUCCGACCCGAAGCUCGUCCUCCUCAUCCUGGCCAACAUGCUGUCGCAAACCCAGGGCUCCAUUGCAAACUACUUCCCCACCCUCGUCGCCUCGCUCAACUUCUCGCACACGGUGAGCCUGCUCCUCACCGCGCCGCCGUACAUCCUCGCCGGCGGCGUCUAUUACGGGAUAAUGUUCUACUCCGACCGCAAAAACACCGUGUACCCUGUCAUCCUCGUCUGCGUCGCUAUUUCUAUCACCAUGUACAUCAUCUCCAUGACCACUCUCAAUGUCGGCGCGCGGUACUUCUCCAUGAUGAUUCUACCAUUUGCGUCCGUCGGCCCGCAACUCCUCCUCUACAAGACUAUUAACCUGCACCUGGCCCGACCAAUCUCCAAGCGUGCGGCUGCCUCGGCACUGGUCAAUGCCAUCGGCGGCACGUCGAAUAUCUGGGCGUCAUAUUUGUACUACUCGUCCCCGCACUUUUAUGCGGCGUUUGGUACGCUAAUGGGCGCGGCUGUUUUGCUGGCGUGCACAGUAACUGUUUAUCGGUGGUUGGUUCGGAGGGAGAAUGCGAGGCUGGAUUCUGGGAAGUCGGAGGAAAUUGCCAAGGUUGUGAAAGGGGGUGUGACGGAGGAGAUGGUGCAAAUGGGGUGGCGGUACGAGAUGUAUUGA